AUAAUUAGGCUUCAGAAUCUUUUUUGAGACUACAAAUUAUAGGAACAACAGACGGUUACGGUAGCGACCUCUUUGAUGUAAUUUGUUUUGUUGGCAGUCUGUGUUUUGACGAAAAUUUUAGGUUUUAUGAAAAAGAAGUAAUACCUAAAAUGUCCGAUUUGGAUGUGUACCCCUUCUUAAAAAUUUCAAACAAUCCAAAACUGCUUUCGAGGUUCUUACAUGAGUCUGUGGAUGACUUACUUGGAAAGACUACACUAAAUUACAACAACUUCAACAGUGAUAUUGAAUGGACAGAAGAUGACUUUAACAAAGCUAUACGAGACAUACAAAAUCUUUACAAGCACUGCAUCAUCAAUAACAAAGAGCUAGAACUUAAGGACUCAAAUCCUGAACUAACUAAAAUGUUCCAAGACUGUUUUAAUAUAAGACAAAAUGAAAUUCUACAAAAAUUACUGAAAGAAAAUAUAAUCAAGAAAGGUCACAAUUUAGUUGAAAAUAUUGAUUGGAGGCUAAAAUGGAUAAUGGGAAGUUCAAGUCUAGCCACAAUCAGAGAACCACUACUACAAGUUGACUUGCAUUGUUCCAAAUAUGAUGUAGAUCAAAACAAGAUUGUAAACACACAUACAGUAAAUUUUGAAGCAAAUUUGGAACAGGUAAAUAAUUUAAUUGAAGAACUGACUAAUAUAACAAAGGAAUUAUCAGAAUUGGAUUAAAAAUAUUCAUAUUAUUAAUCUUAAAAUUGUGAUAUUGUUUAAGAAAUAUAAGUCUCUCAUUAUUAAAUAAUAAAGUUUAUAUAUUUAAAUUAUUAUAUUAAAUAUUUCCAAUCAA